AUGAACAGCGAUCCACUCGCUGGCACCUUCAAAAAGCGCCCCUUGAGGAUCUCCAGCUUUUCUGUCUUGAUGAAGAACGAGAAGCCCUUUCAAAUGGGUUCCAGAAACGAAGGCCAUGCAUCCCUGCGAUACAUCCCGUUAUCAUACAAUCAAGCUGAUUCUCAAGCCUCAGCUCUGAGGCUUGUGUUGACGUUAAACCCGCACUGGGAACAUUCAGAAGGAGAUAUUGAGUUUAUUAGAUUUACGGAUGGAAUAACCAAUACCCUACUGAAAAUUAUAAAAAGGGUGCCAGGCCUUUCCGAUGAACAAGUCGAUAAUGAUGCAGUCUUGAUGAGGGCCUAUGGAAAUCACACUGAAAUAUUGAUUGACCGCGAGCGGGAAACCAGAUCUCAUGCUCUCCUUGCUGAGCGUGGCCUCGCUCCGCCACUCCUUGCCAGGUUUCAGAAUGGUCUCCUUUACCGCUUCAUUCGUGGAAAGGUAACUUCGCCAGAUGACCUUAACAACCCACGUAUAUUCAAGGCGAUAGCCCGACGACUUGCUCAAUGGCAUGCAGUACUACCAAUCGACGAGAUUUCUCCUACGUCAUCGCCCCAAGAAAGGCAGGAGACAACUUCUCCGGCCCGUCCAACUCGUACGCCCACAGCCUCAACAGAGGUGGAUGAUAUAACCCCUGUAAAGAUUCGACAUGCAGGAACCAGUUUCUGGUCCGUUUUGCAGAAGUGGAUUCUUGCCUUACCACUUGUAUUUGCCCACUGCGACCUUUUGAGUGCCAAUGUCAUCGUUUUACCGCGCGGCGCCGACUUAACUCCAGCUAAUGCAACUGAGGAUGAAGCUGUGAGCUUCAUCGACUAUGAAUACGCCACGCCAUCACCAGCGGCAUUUGAUAUUGCGAACCAUUUCGCAGAAUGGGCCGGUUAUGAUUGCGAUUUCAACAAGAUACCGACGCAGUCCGUUCGGAAAGAAUUCCUCACUGAAUACGUCAAGAGCUAUGCUGAACAUUCUACAUUAUAUGGCGCUAAUCAAAAGGACGUAGUUGAGAAAUUGUUUAAAGAUGUUGAUCGAUUCCGUGGAAUUCCUGGCUUCUAUUGGGGUGUAUGGGCGCUGAUUCAAGCGACAAUUUCCCAGAUCGAUUUCGACUAUGCGUCUUAUGCUGAGUUGCGGCUGGGUGAAUAUUGGGCCUGGCGUCGUGAAAUUGAUGGAAUACGUUCACAAGCAGGCGAAGAAAUGCCCUUACGAGAGCGACGGUGGGCACAAGAGGCAUAG